AUGUCUCACAGUUACUCCCGCUCCAGCCCCGCCGCCGCCUACGAGGGCUCCUCUAGCUAUCAUGCCUACACGCCCACCACCCCGGGCGGCGCCUCCCAGCUCAUGUCGCCUUCCGACCCCUCCAAGUACAAUGCUCCGGGCUCCCAGCGCAACAUCUCCAACACCCCGCUCGGCCUCGCUGACAUCCGGCCCCGAGCUGACUCGAGCAUGUCUGAUGGCACCCAUGGCCCUCUAGGAUACGAUCUCGCCAACGCCCAACCCGGCACCAGCAACUACUUGGCUCCCUGGGCCAUCUAUGCCUUCGACUGGUGCAAGUGGGCGCCUCAAGGCAAUGGAGCUGGCAAGCUGGCCGUGGGAAGCUACCUGGAGGAUGGUCACAACUUUAUUCAAAUCCUCGAUAGUCAACUCACCCCAACUCCCCAGGAUGUCUAUGCGCCGGGCUCAUCCAAGUAUAACCUCGAGUUCACAAAGGUUGCCGAAGCGACGCACUCCUAUCCCGUCACCCGCCUGCUGUGGGAGCCGCCUUCCUCCCAAAAGCAGUCCACCGACCUCCUCGCAACCUCCGGUGAUCAUUUACGCCUCUGGUCUCUCCCUUCCGAAACCCCUGCGACCCCAGGAAACACCAUCACCCGUAGUGGCCGCGACGCCGCCGUGGCCAAGCUUACCCCGCUGGCGCUGCUUUCCAACUCCAAAACCCCAGAUCACACAGCGCCACUGACUUCCCUCGACUGGAACACGGUAUCCCCCAACUUGAUCAUCACCUCAAGCAUAGACACGACCUGUACCAUCUGGGACAUUCCCUCAUUGACCGCCAAGACUCAGCUCAUCGCCCACGACAAGGAGGUUUACGAUGUUCGAUUCUGCGCCAAGAGUGUCGAUGUCUUUGUCAGUUGCGGCCAAGACGGAAGCGUCCGAAUGUUCGAUCUGCGAAGCCUCGAGCACUCGACCAUCAUCUACGAGCCAACCGGAAAGGAAGAGAGGGAUGCCAAUGGCGGUCGCAUAAGCCCGACGCUUGCGCAGCAGACCAUGGCGAACCCCCCGCCUCUGCUGCGACUCGCAACCUCUCCACAUGACACUCACCUCUUGGCCACUUUUGCCCAGGACUCUAACAUCAUUCGCAUCCUAGAUGUUCGACAGCCUGGCCAGGCUCUCCUUGAGCUCCGCGGCCACGGUGGUUCCGUCAAUUCUAUUGAGUGGUCACCACUGAGACGAGGAACGUUGGCGUCCGGAGCCGACGAUUGCCAGGUCCUGAUUUGGGAUCUCCUCAACUCCAACAACCCUAUGGGUCCCCCCAUGAACGGCGCUCCUCAGCCGGAUAACCAACGCAGCCCGGUGGCGAGCUGGCAGUGCGAUUAUGAGAUUGGCAACCUUGGCUGGGUGCCUCAUCUUCCCAAUGCUGACCGUGGCGAGUGGCUAGGAGUGAGCGCUGGUCGGGGAAUUUGGGGAACACGGGUUAUGUAG